AUGAAUAUUAUUAUAAAGAAAAUAUAUGACUUAUAUUUAUUAUUUUCUACUAUAAAAAUGAAUAUCUCAAAAAAAUUAAUUUUUAAUUUAUUAUUAAUAUUUAACUUAAUAGGAUUUCUAUUUAAUGACAACUUCUCAUCAAGUUCAUUAAACAAUGUGUUAUUAGUAAGAAAUCAUGAAUUAAGGGAAAUAAAAAGAAAUCUUGCAGAAAUGAUUCCAAGUACCUCAUCAGAAUAUGAAAAAAAAAGUAACGAUGGUGCAGAAUUUGGACCAAGAAGAUUUAUAGAUGUAUAUGUACAAGCAGAGGCGGAUGCAUUCCUAGAAUUAUUAGAUACUUUACGUUCAAAUUAUGAAAAGAAAGAUGAAACUAUUAAUGAAAUGGAUUCUCUCCUCAGAAGUAUUAAUUCUAGAUUUAGUUCUGAAGGCAUAAAAUUAUCGUUUGACGGAUUGAUGGAUGUACAUAAAAGAGUAGCAGAACGUGCAAUGUUUUAUGUGUCAAAUUCAACACCUCAGAUGUUUGACUUAUUAAGAAAUAUUAUUCAGAUUGAAUCACAAAUAUGUAUAGAAAUAUUGCAAACUAUAAUUAAUGAAGAUAAAAUUAUUGAUGAAGAAAUAGUAAAAUACAACGAAGUAAUAAGUGCACUCCAAGGAAAAAUAGAAGAAUCGAAUCUUUCUCUAAUUGAUGUAAAACUAAAAUCCAUAGCAUUAAGAAUACAUGAUUUUAUUGAAUGUGCUGUUUCUGUUUACAAUAGUAGAUUCGCUAAUGCUGUAGUGAAAAAUGAAAAUUAUGUGAAUGGAUAUAUUGGUAUAGAGAAAAUAGCGAUGGACAAUAUAUUUAAUUAUAUUUGUAAUGUUUGUGGUAGAAAAUGCACAGAAGUCUACCAUAACCCAAAAUUUGUAUUAAACACAAUAUAUGAGUUAUAUUUAAAAAAUAACCUUACGUUAUCAUUUGAGCAAGUCGAAAAUAUAUAUACUAGAAUAAGAAAACGAAUUACUUAUUUAUCCAAGAAAAGAUUAACUAAAAAACUUAUAUUACAUAUAGAUGUGUCUUAUAGUGUUGAAUUUGAAUUGGCUAAACUUUACACAUUUCAGGCACUUCAAAGCACUAGUGACGAAAAUGAACAGAAAAAAGUAGAAAAUGUAGAUAAAAUAAGAAGAAUGACUGAAGAAAAAUUACGUUCACAUCGUUCUCAAAUAGAAGGUCGUGAAAUAGGUAGAAUGGCAGGUAGGAUACAACAAAUUGUUUUUGAUAUCGUUAGCUGA